AUGGACGUUACACUUCUAGGAAAGGAUAUUGUCACCGUACACCGCUCGACUACGAUCUUUACCGAAUGCAUACUGGAAGAUCUCUAUCCGGUCACUGUGGAUGGUGUGGUGGAUCUUUCGUGGUCGCGCAACUCGAUCAUUGGAUCCAACGAAGACAAGGUUCUAUUCGAUAUCCCUGAAGCUGGUAAUGCAUCGCUCCAGUCGUAUCCAUGCGAUGCGAACAACGACUGGAUCGCAACGGGACAGCAACCUUGA